CAGGUGCUGAUGGCUGUCUCCGCGACAGCGGUGGUGGCCAGUGCGCGCGGGACCGCGCUGCCUCCUACCACGGGGGACGCCACCCUGGCCUUCGUCUUCGACGUCACGGGCUCCAUGUGGGACGACCUGAUGCAGGUGAUCGACGGCGCCUCGCGCAUUCUGGAGCGCAGCCUGAGCCGCCGCAGCCAGGCCAUCUCCAGCUAUGCGCUGGUGCCUUUCCACGACCCAGAUAUUGGCCCAGUGAUCCUCACGGCGGACCCAGAAGUGUUUCAGAGGGAGCUGAGAGAACUCUACGUGCAGGGAGGUGGCGACUGCCCAGAGAUGAGUGUGGGGGCCAUCAAGGCUGCGGUGGAGGUUGCCAACCCGGGCUCCUUCAUCUACGUCUUCACUGACGCCCGCGCCAAGGACUAUCACAAAAAAGAGGAGGUGCUGCGUCUCCUGCAGCUUAAACAGUCGCAGGUGGUCUUUGUGCUGACGGGGGACUGUGGUGACCACAGUCAUCCUGGCUACCUGGCCUACGAAGAGAUUGCCGCCACCAGCUCUGGGCAGGUGUUCCACCUGGACAAGCAGCAAGUGGCUGAGGUGCUGAAGUGGGUGGAGUCAGCAGUCCAGGCCUCCAGGGUGCAUCUGCUGUCCACGGACCAUGAGGAGGAAGCGGAGCACACAUGGAAGAUCCCCUUCGACCCCAGCCUGAAGGAGGUCACCAUCUCCUUGAGCGGGCCAGGGCCUGAGAUUGAAGUCCGUGAUCCGCUGGGGAGGAUCCUGCAGAAGGAUGAAGGCCUCCGUGUGCUCCUCAACAUCCCUGACUCAGCCAAGGUCAUGGCCUUUAAGCCUGAGCAUCCCGGGCUGUGGACCAUCAAGAUUUACAGCAGCGGCCGCCACUCAGUGAGAGUCACGGGCGUCAGCAACAUCGAUUUCCGAGCCGGCUUCUCCACCCAGCCCUCUCUGGACCUCAACCACACUAUCGAGUGGCCCCUGCAAGGGGUGCCCAUCUCCCUGGUGAUCAACUCCACAGGACUGCAGGCACCUGGUCACCUGGACUCAGUGGAGCUCUCACACAGCUCAGGGUGGCCUCUCCUGACUUUGCCCACUCAACUCCUCUCCAAUGGCUCCACCCAUCAGCUGUGGAGUGGGCCGCCCUUCCAGGCCCCCCAGGAACGCUUCUAUCUCAAAGUGAAGGGCGAGGACCACGAGGGGAAUCCCCUCCUCCGUGUCUCUGGAGUUGCCUACAGCAGGGUGGCCCCAGGUGCCCCUCUGGUCAGCAUGCCCCCCAGGAUUCAUGGCUACCUGCACCAGCCCCUGCUGGUCUCCUGCUCUGUGCACAGCACCCUCCCCUUCCGGCUGCAGCUGCGGCGCAAUGGAACCAAGCUGGGCGAGCAGAGAUACUUCCAGGAGUCGGGGAACAGCAGCUGGGAGAUCCCACGGGCCUCCAAGGUGGAGGAAGGCACUUAUGAGUGCAUGGCGGUCAGCAGGGCCGGGACCGGGCGAGCAGAGGCCGUGGUUAUCGUCACAGAUCCCCCACCACAACUGGCCCCUGCUCCCAACGUGACUGUGUCCCCGGGAGAGACGGCCAUCCUGACCUGCCGGGUCCUGGCCGAGGCCCCCUACAAUCUGACAUGGAUCCGGGACUGGCGCGUCCUGCCGGCCUCGGCAGGCCGAGUCUCCCAGCUGGCCGAUCUGUCCCUGGAGGUCAGCGUCGUCGUCCCCAGCGAUGGUGGGCGGUACCAGUGCAUGGCCAGCAAUGCCAACGGGGUCACACGGGCUUCCAUCUGGCUCCUGGUGCGAGAGGCCCCACAGGUCAGCAUCCACACCAGGUCCCAGCGCUUUUCGCAGGGCACGGAGGUGAGGAUCAGCUGCUCAGCCUCUGGAUACCCAACACCCCACAUCUCCUGGAGCCGAGAGGGCCACGCCCUGCAAGAGGACAGCAGAAUCCGUGUGGAUGCCCGGGGAACCCUGAUCAUUCAGGGAGUAGCCCCAGAGGAUGCUGGGAACUACAGCUGCCAGGCUGCCAAUGAGGUUGGGACGGACGAGGAGACCGUCACCCUCUACUACUCAGACCCACCCUCCAUCUCCGCCGUAAACGCCGUGGUCCUUGCUGCUGUCGGGGAGGAGGCUGUGCUGGUGUGUGAGGCGUCUGGGGUUCCCCUGCCCCGGAUCAUCUGGUAUCAAGGGGAUCUUGAAAUGAUUCUGGCCCCUGAGGCCUCCAGCUCUGGGACCCUGCGGAUCCCGGCGGCUCAGGAGAGGGACGCUGGCAUCUACACCUGCAGAGCUGUCAACGAGUUGGGCAUUGCUUCUGCGGAAAUCCGGCUGGAGGUUGGACAUGCUCCCUGGAUGACGGAGCCACCUCGGGAUGUUGCUGCAGAACUUGGGAAGAGCGCCUUCCUGACGUGCCGGGCCACGGGCCGCCCGCCCCCGACGGUCACCUGGCACCGUGGAGAUGGCCAGCCGCUGGCGCCCGGGCGAGGCAGCAGGACUGGGCAGCUGGAUUCAGGGGUGCUGUUCUUCGAAAGUGUGGUCCCUGAAGACCAGGCCUCAUAUAUCUGUGAAGCUCGCAAUGUCUUUGGGAAUAUCCAGGCAGAGGCCCGGCUCCUCGUCACCGGACACGUGCCCCCGCAGAUCGCCAGCAGUGCCUCUGUGGCCCGGGUCUUGGAGGGACAGCCCGUGUCCCUGCCCUGCGUCAUCCUGGCUGGAAGGCCCUUCCCGGAGAGGCACUGGCUGAAGGCCAGCCAGCCCCUCCCACCUGGCAGCCGGCAUUCCACCCGAGCAGAUGGCAGCCUCCACCUUGACCAGGUGCUGCAGGAGGAUGCAGGGAGGUACAGCUGUGUGGUCACCAACCUGGCCGGCUCUCAGCGUCGGGACGUGGAGCUGUUUGUCCAGGUGCCACCCAGAAUCCAGCCCACCGCCACACACCAUGUUGCCAAUGAGGGUGUCCUAGCCUCUCUUCCCUGCAUCGCCUGGGGAGUUCCUGCCCCCACCAUCACUUGGACCAAGGACACCAAUACCCUGAGUCCUGGGGGUCCCCACCAUGAUGUGAGUAAGGACGGCACUCUGCUCAUCGCCCAGCCAUCCGCCCGGGAUGCAGGGGCCUAUGUCUGCACUGCCACCAACACCGUGGGCUUCUCCAGCCAGGAGAUGCAGCUCUCCGUGAACACCAAGCCCAGGAUUGAGGUGAAUGGGUCACGCGAUGCAGAUGGGCCGCUGACAGUCACCACUAAGGCUGGCAAUGAGGUGACCCUGGACUGCGAGGCCCAGGGCUCCCCACCCCCAGUGGUCACCUGGACGAAGGACGCCCACCCUGUGCCACCUGUCGCCGAAAGGCACAGCCUCCUCCAGUCGGGCUCCCUGCGUCUGACCCAGGCCCAGGUCAGUGACAGCGGCCGCUACGAGUGCACAGCCAGUAACCCCGCGGGCUCUGCCUCCCGACGCUACAUCCUGGGGGUACAAGCCCCCCCUCAGGUGCAGCCAGGCCCACGGCUGCUGAAGGUGCUGGCGGGCGAAGCCCUGGAUCUGAACUGUGUGGCUGAGGGCAACCCGGAGCCCACAUUGAGCUGGUCCAAGGAUGGAGCCGCCCUGCAGGGAGGGGGUCCUGAGGGCUCCGUCCACUUUGCGGCCAUCAGGGCCUCCGACGCCGGGACAUACCUCUGCGAGGCCUCCAACAGUGCCGGGGUGGAUGCGUGGGAGCUGGAGCUCAGGGUGCUGGAGCCACCACACUGGGGGGCCGACGAGACCAGCGGCCUGCUGGAGCGAGUGGCAGGAGAGAAUGCCAGCCUGCCAUGCCCCGCCAGAGGGACUCCUAAGCCGCAGGUGACGUGGCAGAAGGGCCCAUCCUUGGAGCCGCUGCGUGGCCGGCCGAAUGUGACAGUACUGGAUGAAGGGUCCCUGUUCCUGACCUCGGUCUCGCCCACUGACAGUGGAGAGUAUGAGUGCCAGGCCACCAAUGAGGCGGGCUCCACGUCCAGGAAAGCCAAGCUGGUGGUCUAUGUGCCCCCCAGCAUCCGGGAGGAGGGGCGCAGGGCCAAUGUGUCGGGCAUGGCUGGGCAGUCCCUGAUGCUGGAGUGUGAUGCCAAUGGCUUUCCAGCCCCUGAGAUCGUGUGGCUCAAGGAUGGGCAGCUGAUCCCUGAGACUGGCAGUCACCGUCUCCUGGAUGGGGCCCAGACCCUCCACUUCCCCUCAAUCCAGGAGGGCGAUUCGGGCCUCUACACCUGCCAGGCUGAGAACCAGGCUGGAACAGCCCAGAGGGACUUUGCUGUCCUCGUGCUCAUCCCACCUUCCAUGCUCGGAGCCGGAGCUGCCCAGGAAGUGCUGGGCCUGGCUGGUAACGAGGUGGAGCUGCAGUGCCGGACUUCUGGGGUCCCCACACCCCAGGUGGAGUGGACCAAGGACAGGCAGCCUGUCCUGCCAGGAGACCCUCACCUGCAGCUGCGGGAGGAUGGCCAGGUUCUGAGAAUCGCCAGCAGUCACCUGGGGGACGAGGGGCGGUACCAGUGCGUGGCCUUCAGCCCAGCCGGCCAGCAGGCCCGGGACUUCCAGCUCCGAGUGCACUCACCCCCCACCAUCUGGGGUGCCAAUGAGACCGGCGAGAUGGCCGUCAUGGAGGGCCACCCGGUGCAGUUCCUGUGUGAGGCGCGUGGAGUGCCUGCUCCCGACAUCAUCUGGUUCAAGGAUGGGGCCCCGCUCCCCCGCAGCACCGAGGCUGUCUACACCAGGGGCGGUCGGCAGCUGCAGCUGGGGAAGGCCCAGGGCUCGGACGCUGGCGUCUACACCUGCAAAGCCAGCAACCCUGUAGGGGCAGCAGAGAAGGCCACCAGGCUGGAGGUUUAUGUCCCGCCCACCGUCGAGGGCGCUGGUGGAGUACCGCACGUGGUCAAGGCCAUGGCUGGGAGACCCUUGGAGCUGGAGUGUGUAGCCAGAGGCCGCCCACCGCCCACCCUCUCCUGGCACCGUGAGGGGCUGCCUGUGGCAGAGAGCAACGGGACAUGGCUGGCAGCAGGAGGCCGCGUGCUGAGGCUGGAGAGCCUGGGGGAGGCGUCGGGCGGCCUGUACAGCUGCGUGGCCCGCAGCCCUGCGGGGGAGGCGGUGCUGCAGUACUCCGUGGAGGUGCAGGUGCCCCCCCAGCUUCUGGUGGCUGAAGGCUUGGGCCAGGUGAACACCAUUGUGGGACAGCCCCUGGAACUUCCCUGCCAGGCCUCAGGCUCCCCGGUGCCCACUGUCCGGUGGCUGCAGAAUGGGCGCCCGGCCGAGGAGCUGGCUGGUGUGAAAGUGUCCUCACAGGGGACCACUCUGCACAUCGACCACAUGGAGCUGGACCAUGCGGGCCUCUUUGCCUGCCAGGCCACCAACGAGGCGGGCACUGCUGGAGCUGAGGUGGAGGUGUCUGUGCUCGAGCUCCCUUCGGUCAUCAUUGUCGGCAAUGAGAACAUCACAGCCCCUUUCCUGCAACCUGUGACCCUACAAUGCAUUGGGGUUGGGGUGCCUACCCCGAGCCUCCGCUGGUGGAAGGAUGGGAUGGCCCUGGCAGCCUCAGGGGGCAGCCUGCAGAUGAAGAAGGUGGACCUGAGGGACGAAGGCGUCUACACUUGUGUCGCCACUAACCUUGCUGGAGAGAGCAGGAGGGAUGUGACGCUAAAGGUUUUGGUGCCCCCCAACAUUGAGCCAGGCCCAGUCAACAGGGCAGUGCUGGAGAACGCCUCGGUGGCCUUGGAGUGCCUGGCUUCAGGCGUGCCCCCUCCUGACAUCUCCUGGUUCAAGGGCCACCAGCCUGUCUCUGCCCAGGAGGGAGUCACCGUGUCAGCUGAUGGGAAAGUUCUCAGCAUUGAGCGAGCCCGGCUUUCUGAUGCUGGGAGUUACCGCUGUGUGGCAUCCAAUGUGGUGGGCAGCACAGAGCUGCGGUAUGGCCUACAGGUCAAUGUGCCUCCACACAUCAUGCUGCCGCCCAGCCUGCCGGGCCCCGUGCUUCUCAACGCCCCGGUUCAGCUGACCUGUGAUGCCACCGGGGCCCCCACCCCCAUGCUGAUGUGGCUGAAAGAUGGGAACCCCGUGUCUGCUGCAGGGACUCCUGGCCUCCAGGUCUUCGCUGGGGGCCGGGUCCUCGCCUUGACCAGUGCCCGGGCCUCCGAUGCCGGCAGCUACUCCUGCAUGGCUGUGAGUGCGGUGGGCGAGGACCGUCGGGACGUCGUCCUGCAAGUCCACAUGCCCCCGAGCACCCCAGGAGAAGAGCUGAAUGUGUCCGUCAUGGCCAACGCGUCAGUGGUCCUGGAGUGCCGGAGCCACACCAUGCCCCCGCCCGUGCUCAGCUGGCGGAAGGACGGGCGCUCCCUGGUGCCGCGGCCUGGCGUCCGCCUCUCCGCAGACAAGGCCUUGCUGGAGGUGGACCAAGCAGAGGUGUGGGACGCAGGCCGCUACACCUGUGAGGCACUGAACCAUGCAGGUCGCUCCGAGAAACACUACAACCUGAAUGUCUGGGUCCCUCCAGCAUUUCCCUCCCGGGAGCCCCGGACCCUGACCGUAACUGAGGGGUACCCUGCCAGGCUGUCCUGUGAAUGCUGGGGUGUCCCCUUCCCCAAGAUCUCCUGGAGGAAAGAUGGUCAGCCCAUACCUGGGGAGGGGGCCGGCCUGGAGCAGGUGUCAUCUGUGGGGAGGCUGCUGUACCUGGGGCAGGUCCAGCUAGCCCAGGAGGGAACAUAUACCUGUGAGUGCAGCAAUGUGGCAGGGAACAGCAGCCAGGACCAGCAGCUGGAGGUGCACGUGCCCCCUCGGAUCAUCGGCCCCCGGGAGUCCCUCACACAGCUCUCAGUGAUCCAGGAUGGGGAGGCCACUCUGGAAUGCAACACGACAGGGAAACCUCCGCCAACAGUGACGUGGGAGCGGGACAACCAGCUGGUGGGGGACGAGCCUGGCCUGCGGCUGCAGAAUGGUGGUCAGAGCCUGCACGUGGAGCGGGCCCAGGCUGCUCAUGCCGGACGCUACAGCUGUGUGGCCGAGAACGCGGCCGGGAGGGCCAAGAGGGGCUUCGAGCUCUCCGUGCUGGUGCCCCCAGAACUCACUGGAGACUUGGAUCCACUGACCAAUGUCACGGCUGCCCUGCACGGCGCCCUGUCGCUGCUCUGUGAAGCCACAGGCCUCCCACCCCCAAUGGUCCGCUGGUUCCGAGGGGAGGAGCCCAUCAGCCCCAGGGAGAACACCUACCUUUUGGCAGGUGGCUGGAUGCUGAAGAUGACUCAGGUGCAGGAGCAAGACAGAGGCCUCUACUCAUGCCUGGCAAGCAAUGAGGCAGGGGAGGUGCGAAGGAACUUCAGCGUGGAGGUCCUGGUUCCUCCCAGGAUUGAGAACGAGGACCUGGAGGAGGUGAUGAAGGUCCCUGAGGGGCAGACUGCCCACCUGACAUGCAACGCCACAGGCCACCCACAGCCCAGGGUCACGUGGUUCAAAGACGGCCAGCCCCUGGCUGGUGGAGAUGUCCACCACAUUUCCCCAGAUGGAGCCCUCCUGCGAGUUCUCCAGGCCAACCUGUCCAGCGCUGGCCGCUACUCUUGCAUUGCAGCCAACGCUGUAGGGGAGAGGACCAAGCACGUGCAGCUUAGUGUCCUGGUGGUCCCCACCAUCCUGGGAGUGACCGAGGACAGUGCGGACGAGGAGGUGACCGUGACCAUCAACAACCCCAUUUCUCUGAUUUGUGAGGCGCUGGCCUUCCCCUCCCCCACCAUCACCUGGAUGAAGGACGGGGCCCCGUUCAAGGCCUCGAGGAACAUCCAGCUGCUCCCAGGCACCCAGGGGCUGCAGAUCCUGAAUGCCCAGGAGGAGGACGCGGGCCAGUACACCUGUGUGGUCACCAACGAGCUGGGCGAGGCCAUGAAGAACUACCAUGUGGAGGUCCUCAUCCCGCCUUCCAUCUCCAAAGACGACCCCUCAGGGGAGCUUGGUGUGAAGGAGGUCAGGACCAAAGUCAACAGCACCUUGACCCUGGAGUGCGAGUGGUGGGCCGUGCCCCCGCCCACCAUCAGCUGGUACAAGGAUGGACAGCCUGUGACCCCCAACCAGCGGCUCCACAUCCUGGGCGAGGGGCGGCUGCUGCAGAUCCAGCCCACGCAGAUCUCAGAUUCAGGGCGAUACCUGUGCGUGGCCACCAAUGUGGCUGGCGAGGACGACCAGGACUUCCACGUGCUCAUCCAGGUGCCCCCCGUGUUCCAGAAGGUGGGCGAAGCCAGUGCAGCCUUUGAGAUCCCACCCCAGGAGGAAGAGGCCCGGGGCGGGGUGACAGAGUACCGGGAGAUCGUGGAGAACAACCCCGCCUACCUGUACUGCGACACCAACGCUGUCCCAACCCCGGAGCUCACCUGGUUCAAGGAGGAUCAGCCCCUGUCAGCCACAGAUGGGUUGUCUGUGCUGCAAGGAGGCCGGGUCCUUCAGAUCCCCCUGGCACGUGCGGAGGAUGCUGGAAGGUAUUCGUGCAAGGCCUCCAACGAGGUGGGCGAGGACUGGCUGCACUAUGAGCUGCUGGUGCUGACCCCACCUGUGAUCCUGGGUGACACAGAGGAGCUGGUGGAGGAGGUGACUGUCAACGCCAGCAGCACUGUCGGCCUACAGUGCCCAGCCUUGGGCAACCCCACGCCCACCAUCUCAUGGCUGCAGAACGGGCUGCCUGUUUCCCCAAGCCCACAGCUGCAGGUCCUGGAGAAUGGGCAAGUCUUGCAGGUUUCUACUGCAGAAGUGGCAGACACUGCCAGCUUCAUGUGUGUGGCCGAGAACCAGGCAGGCUCUGCAGAGAAACUCUUUACCCUCAGGGUCCAAGUCCCACCAAGAAUCAGAGGUCUGACCUUGGAGCAGGUCACCACCAUCCUCAAUAGCAGCAUCUCUCUCCCCUGUGACGUCCAUGCUCACCCGAGUCCCGAGGUCACGUGGUACAAGGACAGCCAGGCCCUCUCCCUGGAUGAAGAGGUCUUCCUCCUGCCUGGCACCCAUACACUGCAGCUGGCACGAGUGCGGCCCUCGGACUCCGGGACAUACAUGUGUGAAGCUCUCAAUGCCGCUGGCCGAGACCAGAAGCUGGUGCAGCUUAGCGUGCUGGUUCCCCCCACCUUUAGGCAGGCUCCCACCAGCCCCUGGGACACCGUCCUGGUGCGGGCUGGGGACAAGGCCAUCCUGAGCUGUGAGGCAGACUCAGUCCCUGAGCCAGUCGUGACCUGGUACAAGGACGGGCAGCCCCUGGUCCUGGCACAGCGGACCCAGGCUCUGCUGGGUGGGCAGAGGCUAGAGAUCCUGGGCACCCAGGUGUCAGAUAAAGGUUUAUACACCUGUAAAGUCAAUACUGCAGCUGGAGAGGCCAUGCGGACCUUCACGCUCACCGUCCAGGUGCCCCCCACAUUUGAGAACCCCAAGACAGAGACCGUGAGCCAGGUGGCGGGGAGCCCCCUGGUCUUGACCUGUGAUGUGACUGGGGUCCCUGCACCCAUUGUCUCUUGGCUAAAGGACAGGAUGCCCAUUGAGAGCAGCGUGGCACAGGGCGUGGUCUCCCGCGGAGGCCGCCUCCAGCUCAGUCGCCUGCAGCCAGCCCAGGGCGGCACCUACACGUGCGUCGCCAAGAAUGCUGAGGCCGAGGCACGCAAGGACUUCGUGGUGACCGUGCUGAUGGCCCCCCGGAUCCAGAGCUCAGGCACCGCGCAGGAGCACAGCGUCCUGGAGGGGCAGGAGGUGCGGCUCGAUUGUGAGGCCGAGGGGCAGCCACCGCCCAACGUGACCUGGCUGAAGGAUGGCAGCCCGCUGGGCCAGAGCGUGGGCCCCCACCUCCGGUUCUACCUGGACAGCAGCUCCCUGGUGCUCAAGGGCCUGAGGGCCUCGGACUCAGGUGCCUACACCUGCGUGGCCCACAACCCCGCGGGGGAGGACGCCAGGCUGCACACCGUGCACGUGCUGGUUCCUCCCACCAUUGAGCAAGGAGCAGACGGAACAGGGACCCUGGUGAGCACUCCUGGGGAGCUGGUGACCAUGGCGUGUCCCGCCCGGGGCUCCCCGCCCAUCCACGUGAGCUGGCUCAAGGACGGCCUGCCCCUUCCACUGUCCCAGCGCACUCUCCUCCACGGCUCUGGUCGCAUCCUCAGGAUUUCCCAGGUGCAGUUGGCAGAUUCGGGCAUUUUCACCUGCGUGGCUGCGAGUCCUGCUGGAGUGGCUGACAGGAACUUCACCUUACAGGUGCACGUACCCCCUGUCCUGGAGCCGGUUGAGUUCCAGAAUGACGUGGCCGUGGUCCGUGGCUCCCCAGUGGUGCUCCCCUGCGAGGCCCGGGGCAGCCCUCUGCCCCUCGUGUCGUGGACAAAGGAUGGGGAGCCCUUGUUGCCCCAGAGUCACGAGCAGGGGCCCGGCCUGCAGCUGGAGAGAGUGGGGACUGGCGACUCAGGGACCUACUCAUGCGAGGCUGUGAGCGAGGCAGGGGAAGCAAGGAGGCAUUUCCAGCUGAUGGUGAUGGAUCCCCCCUCCAUUGAGGGCUCAGGCCAGCCUGCAGAGCUGUUGCUGACCCCAGGCACCCCCCUGGAGCUCCUCUGUGAUGCCCGGGGCACACCCCCACCCAACAUCACCUGGCAGAAGGACGGACAGGCCCUGAGCAGGCCGGAGAACAGCAGCAGGGCUGGGCGGGUGCUCCGGGUCCAGGGGGUACAGGUGGGCGACACUGGGCUGUACACUUGUCUGGCCAAGAACCCUGCUGGCGAAGUUGAGAAGAGCUUCCGGGUCAGGGUUCAAGCCCCUCCAAAUAUUGUUGGGCCCCAAGGUCCCCGCUUGGUGGUUGGCCUGGCCCCUGGGCAGCUGGUCCUGGAGUGCCCAGUGGAGGCAGAGCCAAUGCCUGAGAUCGAGUGGCACCGAGAUGGAAUCCUGCUGCAGGCAGACGCCCACACACAGUUCCCUGAGCGGGGCAGGUUCCUCCAGCUGCAGGCCCUGAGCACAGCUGAUGGCGGCAACUAUAGCUGCACAGCCCGCAAUGCAGCAGGCAGCACCAGCGUGGCCUUCCAUGUGGAGAUCCACACAUCGCCCACCAUCCAGCCAGGGCCACCCACAGUGAACGCCUCAGUGAACAACACGGUCCUGCUGCCCUGCCAGGCCAACGGUGUCCCCCAGCCCCGCGUGAGCUGGCAGAAGGAUGGGGUCCCCCUGGAUCCUGGGAGCCCCAGGUUGACAGUUCUGCCUGAGGGUUCCCUGCGGAUCCAGUCUGUCCUCGCCCAGGACACCGGCCACUACCUCUGCUUGGUGUCCAGCUCCGCUGGCUCCGAUCGACAAGGCCGCGAGCUCCGGGUCCUUGAGCCUCCAGCCAUCGCCCCCAGCCCUUCCAACCUGACCCUCACCGCCCACACCCGGGCCUUGCUGCCUUGUGAGGCCAGCGGCUUCCCCAAGCCCUUCGUGGUCUGGUGGAAGGACGGACAGAAGCUGGACUUCCACCUGCAGCAAGGAACCUACCGGCUCCUGCCGUCCAAUGCCCUGCUCCUUGCAGACCCCAGCCCUCAGGAUUCAGCCCAGUUCGAGUGUGUGGUGAGCAAUGAGGUGGGCGAGGCCCGCAGACUCUACUGGGUGACUGUUUAUGCGCCUCCCACCAUUGCCGACGACCAGACAGACUUCACGGUGACCAAGAUGGCGCCCGCACUCCUCACGUGCCACAGCAUGGGCGAACCGGUGCCAGUUGUGUCCUGGAGCAAGGCGGGCACCCAGCUGGGGAUGCGGGGGAGUGGCUACCGGGUCUCACCUUUAGGCGCCCUGGAGAUCGGGCAGGCCCUCCCCAUCCACACUGGCCGCUACACCUGCACAGCCCGCAACUCUGCUGGUGUGGCCCACAAGCACGUGAUCCUCACCGUGCAAGCCUCUCCCGUGAUGAAGCCACUGCCCAGCACGGUUCAGGUGCUGGCCUAUGAAGAGGUGGUGCUACCUUGUGAGGCCUCAGGUAUCCCCCGGCCAACCAUCACCUGGCAGAAGGAGGGGCUGAGCAUCCCUGCAGGGGCGAGAACCCAGGUCCUACCCAGUGGACAGCUGCGGAUUAUCCAUGCCGGUGAAAAGGAUGCCGGGAACUAUCUUUGCAUUGCACAGAACAGUGCGGGCAGCGCCAUGGGGAAAACGCGGCUGGUGGUGCAAGUCCCACCUGUGAUCGAGACCGGCUCCCCUGACCUGUCCACCACCGAAGGCUCCCACGCCCUCUUACCCUGCACGGCCAGGGGCAGCCCCAAGCCUGACAUCACCUGGGAGAAAGACGGGCAGGCUGUGUCUGGAGCUGAGGGGAAGUUCACCAUCCAGGCCUCUGGGGAGCUGCUGGUGAAGAACUUGGAGAGCCAGGAUGCCGGCACCUACACCUGCACUGCCAAGAAUGCUGCAGGCCGUGCCCAUCGCCAUGUGCAUCUCACCAUCCUGGUGCUGCCCAUGUUCACCAUCCUGCCUGGGGACCGCAGCCUGCGCCUGGGGGAGAGGCUGUGGCUUCGCUGUGCUGCCCGGGGCAGCCCUACCCCCCGCAUUAGCUGGACCGUCAACGACCGGCGGGUCACGGAGGGGGUGUCAGAACAGGAUGGGGGCAGCACACUGCAGCGGGUGGCGGUGACCAGAGAGGACAGCGGGACCUACAUCUGCUGGGCCGAGAACAGAGUGGGCCGUGUGCAGGCGGCCAGCUUCGUCCACGUGAAGGAGGCUCCCAUUCUGCAAGGGGAGGCCUUCUCCUACCUGGUAGAGCCUGUGGGGGGCAGUGUCCGACUGGACUGUGUGGUCCAAGGGGAUCCAUUGCCUGACAUCCGCUGGAUCAAAGAUGGCCUUCCGCUGCAGGGCAGCCAUCCCCGGCACCGGAUGAACAAUGGCUCAUUGACCAUCCACAGGACUGAGAUGGACGACGCGGGACAGUACCAAUGCCUGGCAGAGAAUGAGAUGGGGGCAGUGAAGAAGGUGGUCGUCCUUGUGCUACAGAGCACCCCAGUAUUCCAGGUGGAGCCCCAGGAUGUGACGGUGAGAUCUGGGGAUGAUGUGUCCCUGCAGUGCCAGGCCACUGGAGAGCCGGUGCCCACUGUGGAAUGGCUGCAGGCGGGCCAGCCCUUGCCGGCCAGUCGGCGGAUCCGGACCCUGCCAGAUGGGAGCCUGUGGCUGGAGAACGUGGAGGCCGGGGACGCGGGCAUGUACGAAUGCGUCGCUCACAACCUCCUGGGCUCUGCCACAGCCCGGGCAUUCUUGGCCGUGAGAGGGGAGCCUCGGGGGAGCCAGGGCAGCAUGAGCGGGGUGAUCAAUGGCCAGGAAUUUGGUGUGGCCUCUCUCAACGCCAGCUUGCAACAAGAGCUGCAGUCUGGGGCUGCCACCAUCCGGAGCAGCAUCAGCCACAUCCCUGCAAAUGUGGGGCCACUGAUGCGCGUACUCGUGGUCACCAUCGCCCCCAUCUACUGGGCCCUGGCCGGGGAGAGUGGGGAGGCCCUGAAUGGCCACUCCCUGACGGAUGGCAACUUCAGACAGGAGUCGCAUGUGGAGUUUGCUACAGGGGAGCUGCUCACAAUGACCCAGGUGGCACGGGGCCUGGAUCCCAAUGGCCUCCUGCUCCUCGACGUGGCAGUCAAGGGCAUCAUCCCUGAGAGCCUGGCUGAAGCAGAUCUUCAGGUGCAGGACUUCCAGGAGCGCUACGUGCAGACGGGGCCCGGACGGCUGUUUGUGGGCUCCACGCAGCGCUUCCUGCAAGGCGGCCGCCCUGCAUUCCUGCGCUGCAACCACAGCAUCUUGUACAACGCUGCGCGGGGCCCCCAGCCCCGGCUGGUGCAGCACCUGCGGGCCUCAGCUGUCAGCUCCGCCUUUGAUCCUGGGGCCCAGGCCCUGCGAUUCCAGCUGACCACAGCCCUGCAGGCUGAUGAGAAUGAAGCCGGCUGCCCAGAGGGCUUUGAUCUCGAUGCCCAGGGAGCAUUUUGUGUGGACAGGGACGAGUGCUCGGGCGGCCCAAGCCCCUGCUCCCACUCCUGCCACAACGCACCCGGCGGCUUCUCCUGCUCCUGCCCGGCCGGCUUCGCCCUGGCCUGGGACAACCGGAACUGCAGAGAUGUGGACGAGUGUGCCUGGGAUGCCCACCUCUGCCAGGAGGGACAGCGCUGUGUGAACCUGCUCGGCUCCUACCGCUGCCUCCCACGCUGCAGGCCUGGCUUCCAGGUGGCUGCCAGUGGGGCCGACUGUGAAGAUGUUGACGAGUGUCUGGAGCAGUUGGAUGAAUGUCACUACAACCAGAUCUGUGAGAAUACCCCAGGCGGGUACCACUGCAGCUGCCCCAGGGGGUAUCGGAGUCAGGGCCCCGGCCUGCCCUGCCUAGAUAUCAACGAGUGCCUCCAGCAGCCCAGGACCUGCGCCUACCAGUGCCACAACCUCCAGGGUGGCUACCGCUGCCUGUGCCCACCAGGCCAGGCCCUCUUCCACGAUGGCAAGGCCUGCAUCCCACUGGAGCAGAGUGGACACAAUGUGACCACCAUCAGCCUCCGGGGCCCCUUUGCAACCUGGCUGCGGCUACGCAGACCUGUCCCUGGCAGCUCCUACCACACCUGGAUCUCCCUCCAGCCCAGUCCCAGGACGCUGAGCACUGUGGGCCGGGCCUGGUGCCCCCCUGGCUUCAUCAGGCAGAAUGGUAUCUGCACAGACCUCGACGAGUGUCGGGUGAGGAACCUGUGCCAGCACGCCUGCCAGAACACCGAGGGCAGCUACCAGUGCCUCUGCCCCGCCGGCUACCGCCUUCUCCCCAGCGGAAAGAACUGCCAGGACAUCAAUGAGUGCGAGGAGGAGGAGAUCGAGUGUGGGCCUGGCCAGAUGUGCUUCAACACUCGUGGCAGUUACCAGUGUGUGGACACGCCUUGUCCCGCCACAUACCGGCAGGGCACCAGCCCAGGGACGUGCUUCCGCCGCUGCUCACAGGACUGCAGCGCCGGCGGCCCCUCCACGCUGCAAUACAAGCUGCUGCCGCUGCCCCUGGGCGUGCGCGCCCACCACGACGUGGCGCGUCUCGCCGCCUUCUCCGAGGCCGGCGUCCCAGUCAACCGCACAGAGCUCAGUGUGCUGGAGCCGGACCCGCACAGCCCGUUUGCGCUGCGCGUGCUGCGCGCGGGCCAUGGGGCCGUCUACACUCGCCGCGCGCUCACCCGCGCCGGCCUCUACCGGCUCACCGUGCGCGCCGCGGCGCCCCGCCACCAACGCGUCUUCGUCUUGCUCAUAGCAGUCUCCCCCUAUCCCUACUAAGGGCAGGGAGGCGGGUGCUAUUGGCAGCAGCUCCAGGGCUAGCGACCCUGGGGAGGGCGGGGGGCGGGGUGGGUGGAGGAGCUGGCCCAGCCCCCACCGUGUGGCCCUUGCCCACGCCACCUGCUGCGACAAGCGGAAACGUCAUCUGCUGCAUCAGCCAGAUCUUCAGUAAACACGACCCUGCGCACAUCCUUGACCCCAGGACAGUGAGGACUGGAGCGUCCCCUCCUUCCCCAUGGGGGAAGGAUCAAGCCUGAAGCAGAGCUGGGGGUGAAGCCUCCAUGUCUGUUUGGCCCCUCCAGGCUUGCCCCCAAGUCCCAGGGGGAGCUGGGCCAGGACACAGUGCACCUGAAAACCGGAGCUGGUGGCAACUGCCCACCCCUGGCACUGCCAUCCUGAACCAGGGCGUUUGUGUGUGUUUAAUAUAAAAACAAUUAUUUUUAACCAA